AUGAUAUUGCAAGCUCGCGAGACGACGGGCACGGUCGAGUACCCGGCGCAGGAGGCCUCGACGCAGUUCGCCGUCGUGCUCAUGUCCAGGGAGAACCACGCUCCGAGCUUCGGCAGCGACCUCUACGUGGGCUUUGUGGCCGAGCACAGCGCGCACCUGACGGCCGUCGACUGGGCGCCCGGAGUCUCGCCCAAGGUACACGACAGAGACCAGGGUCGGAACAGCACCUUCCGGCUGUACCUGGAAGGCGACGAGGACGGCACGUUCUCUGUGCACCCGAGCUCGGCGUCCCGGGAGACAGACUUCACUAUCCUCGUACAGGAUUCCUCCAAGCUCGACUACGAAGUGGCCGACCCAAAAUACGUCGAGUUCAGGCUUGUGGCCGCCGAAACAGAAGCCGUGGAGCCCCUGACGUCGACGGUGACGGUCCGAGUGAACAUCGUGGAUACCAACGACCAUCCGCCCAUGUUCACGAGAGACACCUACGAAGCCGUGGUUGCGGAAGACGCAAAGAAGGGAACCCUGGUGACUACGGUCACGGCUACCGAUCCGGACUCCGGAAGCUUCGGUAGAGUGCGAUACACCUCGCUUAACGGACCGAUCGCCAGAAAUCUCAAGCUGGACCCGGAGACAGGCGAGGUGACGCUGACGUCGUCAGAAGGUCUCGACCGGGAGUCCGUGCCGGAGUACGUCCUCGUGGUGGAAGCCCACGACGACGAUGGCCGAGGACAGCGGGCUUCCGCACAGCUCCGGAUCCGAGUGGGCGACGCCAACGACAACGCCCCCGCGUUUAUGCAGAGCCGCUACGACGCCGUGCUCACGGCGGACCUGGCCGACUUCACUGAGCCCCUGGUCGUCAAGGCAACCGACGCCGACGCAGCCGGACCCAACAGCAACGUGACGUACGAGAUCGUGAGCGGCAACUACGAGCAGAAGUUUCGCAUCGACGCCCGAACGGGAUUGGUGAGCCUGACGGCGCCGCUCACGUCGGGGGGCAAACACGGCUAUCCUGUCGUGCUCACCGUCAGGGCGCACGACCAGGGCAUCCCCGUCCAGUCCGCGUCGGUGCCGGUGCGCGUUCACACACAGGAAUACCUGAACAGAUCUAUCGUCGUCGUACUUCCGGGUAACGACGCUUACCUUAAGGAUCGGAAAGAACACGUCGAGAAGGGCCUGUCGGAGCUGCUCGGUGCCAAUGUCAACAUCUACUCCAUCACUGCACACAAUCAGUCCAAGGAGGCGUAUGUGUCCCAGUAA